AUGCUUCCCAGUAUGCAAGCUGUUGUUGAUCUGACCCAACAACAAGGAAGGCAACUUAUGCGUGCUAUUGGUCGCUUCAGAGGGAUCCCGACGAUUGAAGUCGACAUCAUUCCAAACUUCAUAGUUCUUCUUCAUCCCAGCCAUCCCGUAGAAGACUUCGCGAGGUAUCAAAUUGUUUUGGAGGGGCUUGAAAACUUGUUGAAGACUUAUGUGCUGUGGAUGGGGCAUACACACAUCAACUGGAACUCUGCUGUCCUCUAUGGACAUGGAGUUUCCGUGCUUGAAUGGACUUCCUUGCGUUACGAGAUGUUGUAUGCGGCAGCAUUUCCUCACGUUACACCGGACACAUCCUCUCGUAUACAGUUCUUCUGCAAAAUUUGGGCGACACCCUUGCCGCCGAAUGUAGGAAGGGUGGUUUUCCUGCCGCCGAUGAAUUGUCGCUCCGGAGGAUGCAUUAUCAACGUGGAUUUUGAACUUUCCGACGUCCUGGAGGCCAUGGCAGUCAUGACCGAUGCUGAUGAGGAUACGUAUGAGUUUCAGCUGAGCCACAACUGGCUCCAUGCAGAACUGCUCACAGCCGUCGAAUUGGCGAGUGCAGGAACUGUGAACGAUGAUCUCUUAGAUGAAGCAGAGUUAUUAUUGCCUUGA